AUGGCAGAUAGAGAGGUUGGCAACUGUAAGCAAAGGUGGUCCAAGAUCAGUGACCAAGUCUCCAAGUUUGUUGGCUCGUUACGUGCUGCAACAAGUCAGCAGUCAAGUGGGCAGAAUGACAAUGACGUAAUGAAGCUUGCUAAUGAAAUCUAUCACCAUGAUUACGGUGCCAAGGAUGGUUCUCAAGCUUUUGUCCAGUCAUCAAGCCAUGAAGAUCAAGAAGAGGCUCGUCGUAAAGGUGUGAAGAAGGAAAAGGCAAGGUUGAAGGCUCAAAUGAGUGCGAAAGAGAUAGCAACCAGCAGCAAGUCUGUGGAGAAGUUGGAGAAGUUACAAGAGAUAUUUGAGAUAAGGAAGCAGGAUCAUGAAUUGAAGAAGCAAGAUUUUGAAAUGAAAGAGAAGAUUAAUAAGCAACAUAUGUUGGAGACUCUCCUUGCAAAAAAAGAACUUCUUAGUGAGAUUGAAAUGGCUUUGAAGAACAAACUAAUAAGUGAUAUGUUGUUAUAG